GCUCGAUAUCCGUGGUUACGUUUAUCUCUCGACAAUAAACAAUAUUGUUUUGGAUGGUGAUACAGGUUGGAGUACAUCAUAAUUUUAGGUUCUGUGAUGGAUGCGAACAUUCACCUAGGACUGCGUCGCUUCCCAGAAGAUAAUCGUUAUGUUGAUGAUGGUGCAUACACAAGGCGCAGUAGCAGCCCUUCAGACAGUGCCAACCAACAGACUAGAUGGAAUGCCGUCUUGAAGCGGAGAAUUGCACGCUUGGAUUUCACGUGCUUCUUAUGUGCCAUCUUAUAUCACACCAAAAAUGCUUCUCUAUUUUCUCUCCCACUUCCACUCAUGGUGUUAGUGUGGGGAACAAUGAGGGAAACCAGACCAGGUCUGAUCUUCUGGGGUAUCAUCAUCGUAUACACUGCGAUUGUGGUUAUAGUAAGUUGGCUGUUGAAACUACAAUUAUUCUCCUUGGAUGACAUAAAUCUAUGGUUCCCAGCAGAUGCAAUUGAUCUCAAGUUGGACAUUCCUAGUAUGAUUUUUGAUAUGACACUUCUCCUUCUUCUCAUCUUUCUCAGGUGUUUGGUGAAAUAUCUGGAAAAUGGUAUUCACUUUGAAGACAAUAGUGUAGAAGAGGAUAAUGAUGAAAAUAUGAGGAGUGACGUUCCUGCAUCAUCACCAGAGAACUCCCUAGCUGACCAUUCUACCAUGUCACCUGAAGAUGAUGGCGAAUCUAAUGACGUCGAUGUAACUGAAAAAAAUUAUGUUAUUAUGACAUUGAUCAAGAAAUGCUUCUGCAGAGUUCAGAAGUUCAUAUAUGGUUUCAUCAAUAAGCCAACACACCCUGGAGUUGAUGUUUACAAGUAUCUGUUUCUCUGUGAUAUCAUCAACUUUGUACUUAUCAUAUUUGCAUUCAGAGCAUUUGGGUCAGAUGUUAUUGGAGAGACACAAAUAACAGAACAAAUAGUAGAAAAUAAGGUGCCAACACGAUUCCUAGUGUUAUUGAUACUGCAGUUCACGUUGAUCAUUGUGGAUCGAGCACUGUACCUAUGCAGAUGUAUUGCAGGAAAAGUAAUUUUAUACUACUGCCUCAUUUUUGGAGUGCAUAUAGGAAUGUUUUUCUUACUUCCUUCUACCACUGAGAGGAAGUUUAAUACACAAUGGACACUGCAAAUAUGGUACUUGGUGAAGUGUUUCUGGUUUCUACUGUCAGCGUAUCAGAUCCGAAAGGGUUACCCCACCUACGUCUUUGGAAAAGCUAUCUGCAGUAGACAUGGUUUAUUCAACUUUGUCCUCGUCAAAGGAUUCAUGUUGGUACCUUUUUUGUUUGAAUUGCGGACAGUAUUGGACUGGCUGUGCAGUGAUACAUCACUGUUGGUGUUUGAAUGGCUGAAGAUGGAGCACAUUUUCUACACUGCGUUCCAUGUUAAAUGUUUACGAGAUACAAAUGAACAAUUUUCAAGUCUUCGAGGACCGCCAAAAAAACCACCCCUCGAACUCUUCAUUGCGUGUGGUAUUCUCCUGCUUGUCAUUGGUGCUAUAUGGUUUCCAAUGAUUUUGUUCAGCUUUUCAAUGUAUGGAAAUGAUUUGCCUUCUGAAGCCAACGUCACCAUGGAGAUUAAUAGUUAUCCGCCCAUUUACACAAUGUCUGCCCAGAGCGACAACAUUAUGAGCAUGGCUGCCAGGAUAUACAGCAAAAUGCACACUACUUACAUGAAGAAUGAGAAAGUCACGGCAUUUCUGAAGUCAUACUCAAAUGCAGAUAUUGCAAUAAUUAAGCUUGGCACUGUAUCGGAUUCAAGUUGGGAAGUCACUGAACAACAGAAAUGGGAUCUUAUUGACAAACUUCAGUCCAAUGCGUCAGUUAACAUAAACUUAAAAUGGUCUUUGUCCUGGGAGGAGCUAGGAGAAGAAAAAGUGAUGUCAGCUAGUGGCAAGCAUGUACAUGUCUUGGAAGCUGAAGUUGAUGGAAAACCUAACCCAGAACGGGUGGAGCUAUUGAAUCUUUUAAAGGGAGAGCAGCAUUCAGCACUUAUAUUCAAUAUGUUUCCCAAGUUUAUCAGGUUCUCAAAUCAUGGGAAAGCUCCUGUUGUGCGUCAUUUCAUGGAUAAAAUUCAAUCUGAUGAUGACAGAGCAUACAGAAAUGUGUCACUGCAUCUGCAUUACAAAGGAGGUAACUCCAGCAGUUGGUGGGAUGUGAGAGAGUUGUGCAAUGAUGACAAUUUUGACAAUUACAUUAAGAAAUUCAAUACUUAUGACAUUCAUUGUCAUAAGCUAACAUUAUUUGUUUUCAAUGACAACCCAUUACCCGAGGUCCUGAGGUUUUUCAGUAAGACAGGAGUCCUCGGCUUAUACAUUGGUGCAAUAUAUCUUUUAUCAAGCAUCAUCCGUAUGAUAUGUGGCUGCACUACAGAAAAGAUAAUGUUUUAUGACAUGCUGAAUGUGAACCGCAUUCUGGAGGUUUGCUCAGACAUUCACAAAGCUCGUGAGACUGUUGGCUGUUAUUAUGAGAGAGCCUUGUAUGAAAAAUUCUUGUCCAUGUUCCGCCUACCUGAGCCAGAUGAACUGGUAACAACCGUAUGAACCUCCACAACAAGAGAUGGAUAAUUAACUCCCAGUAGCAGAAAGCUGCCUAGUGUAGACUUUGCUGCAUUUCCAGGACUCACUCUUCAAGCCUGUAGUCUUGAGUCCCUAGUCAUCCUUCAAAGUCCAAAACAAACUGAGAAUCUGUCUUGGGGGGGGAGAUUUCACACACUUGACAUUGUGCCUAAACAGCAUUCUGAUGGUGUGGUUUAAAGUCAUGCUGACAAAGAAAGGUGACAAAACAGAUUUAUCUUGGGCUGAGGGUGGACUAUUGGAUCUGCUGGUUGCUGUAGCUGUUCUGCCUGAAAGUGGCCCUGAAAAACUCCAGCAGGCUCUCCCUCUGGGCUGCAAAGUCUACCAUAAACCCACACACAUACACUAACCUUUGUGUUGAUUCCAACUCCUCCACCACCACCACCCUUCCAACAAACACUCUGUUCUUGCCACAUUGGUGCACAAGGUCAGAUCCCUUCCCUUUAUAAGCAUGACCUUCAACCAUGUUAUCAGUUGCUCUCCAGGCACAUCAUCAGGUCUGUGGACCUUCCCUGAGGAAGAUUCUCAUUUCCCAUUGACUCGUGAAGGACAACUUAGGGCUCGACUCCAGCUGCAUACCUGGAAUGUGGUUAGGUCUACACUGGGUAGACCAGCUGUUCUGUCAAGAUCGAGGAGAACCAGUGGCACAUUCAUCUGAAGCAGCAGUUCUUAACCUGUAGUCUGUGGGUCCAUGACAGUUUAGAAAAUUAAAUAGUUUUUCCCAGCGUACUAAUAAAGCAUAUAUAAGUAAAAAAGCAAAAUCUGAAAUUGAAAUUUUUUAAACACUCUGUAAAAGUGAAUAAAUUUGAAAUUGGAGAUUAAAAAUUAAUUUGGUACCCUUA